UGCUAGCCCAGUGUAGCUAGGCCUAUCUUCUAACCUAGUAAGCUGUAGCAUAAUGAGUGCUCCAUUAAUGGCAGCGCUACCGAGAAUUAGCACACCUGGACUGACUCGUCGCUUACAAACUCGUUGAAUAAAAAUGUGAAAUGAGUGGAGGGAAAAAGAAAAAAAGAUCGUCUCGUAAGCUGUAAAAUUCUUCAUGGGAACCGAUUUACUACGGCUUUGCGGCCUAUUAUAUUCUACUGUCAUAUCAUAGGAGAGUAGCUUAUUAUUACUAGCCUAUGUUUAGAGAGGGUGGAAUCGAAACACCCUAACGCAUCGCAACCUCGGCGACAGACUUGGCAUCGGCUAGGAGUAUAUCCUUUGGUCGUCUCCUAUCGUGUUGAAGUUUGGUCCGUUCGGAAAAUAAAUCUUAAGCGAAGCAUCAUCCAAGUGUCCAAGCGUGUGGCUGCUUUCUAGCUGCACGACAGCGUGCUACGAGGGAGGUAAAUAAACGGGCAUGGCUUAUAGCGAAGACUAUGGUCCAUUGGCCCCAGCUAGCGAUACUCUGUUGCCUCUGCCUAAUGACCAUAGGAAUGGACUCAUCGCCGUCGCCGUCUGUGGCAUGGUGUCGUUUAUCACGACGUCCACAUUGUUCCUAUUCCUGACGUAUAAGUUAAUUACAUGGCAUUUUGGGAACCCAAAGGGAAUAGACGAAGGUCACCAGUCCCCAGCAAACGAUCUGUCGCUAGGUUUAGCCCAAAGGAAUUUUGGGUUAUCCAAGAAGGCUAUUCCACAGGGACACGGUGGAGAACGGCAGCGACGACAAGCAGUAGGACGAGGGCCGCCAAACCAGUUUCUCGUCCUCGUAUACAACUUGUUCUUCGCUGACAUGCACCAGGCUACGGCAUUCAUGUUGAAUAUUCCGUGGAUCCAGAACCACGAGAUUGCCGUAGGAGUUCCGACUUGUUGGGCGCAGGGCUGGUUUGUGUCGACAGGAGAUCUGUCUGCGAGCUGCUUCAUAUGCGCUAUUGCUAUUCAUACUUAUCUAACCGUCGUGAGAGGGUACAAACCGCCGCAGUGGGCCUUGUAUCUUGCCAUUAUCGGUUUAUGGGUGUUUAUUUAUGUUAUGGCUAUUGCCGGUGUGGCCGCUACCAAUAACGGGAAAGGGGCUGGUGGGUUUUAUGUUCGCGCAGCAGCUUGGUGUUGGAUAAAUGUCAGAUUCGAGUCGCUUCGUCUAUGGCUUCACUACAUAUGGAUCUUCCUCUCGUUUGUCAUGACGAGUAUCCUGUAUUCCCUUAUCUUCUUCUUCCUUCACCGGAAAAGGGCCUUCUCUCAACCCUUUUCACAUAGUCGUCCAUCAGCUUCGACACAAUCGGAUACGAAUAACACAUCAACCCAGACAAACCCUUCGGGACACCAUCCCGCUUUCCUCAUCUAUCCGGUCAUAUACAUAUUAUGUACAGCACCAUUAGCAUUGGGCCGUGUGGUGAGCAUGUCUGGAACGCAAGUGAGCAUAGCUUAUUUCUGCCUGGCGGGCGCCAUGAUAGCCUCUAAUGGAUGGUUGGACGUCCUGUUGUUUUCGACUACACGACAUUCUAUCAUCUUCAACGCGCCCCUCGACUCCGAGGACAUGGGCUUGGAGACAUUCGCAUUUAUGAGAACACCGCAUUGGAGACGAUACGGAAAUAUGGUCUGGGUGCAGGGCGGAGUUCACACCAGUAACCGCGAAGAUGGCCGGCAAAGCAAGGGACGGAGGAGAGCAGUGUGGGGACUGGGACGGCUCAGAGAGUCGAUAGGGUGGGAUGGGAGAGACGGACGUUCUAAGAAUGGCAAUAGCCGCUGGGUUGGAGGUCCAGGUAGCGGGAGCCAGGAAUCCUUAAGGGGUAUUACGAGAGCAGCGGAGGCGGGAAUCCAGAUGGAUACCGUGACAACGGUCGUAGUAGAGGUUGAGCAAGAACACUCCAAGACAAGAUCACGAGAACCUUUAGCCCACUCGAUAGAUAGUUCAGAAAAAGUGCACGCGCAAAGGGUGGGAAGCUUGCGUUUAUGAGAUUAGAACUUUCGGUCUUGGGGAUAUAAAUAGAAUAUAAGAAACAGAAUCAACUCUGGUAAUCACAAGUUUUUUCUAUUUUAUUAAUGAUCGGAUGAAGUCUGUUGUGCCCUGAGGUUCGUGUUGGUU